AUGUUGAUUGAGAGUGUGAUUUUUUUAUUUAUUAUUCAAAUAGCUUAUUCAUAUAAAACAAAUCCAACAUCAUGGAUAUGUACAGAAUCUGCAAAUGAAAUAUCGAGUUCAUUGCCAGCAUGUUUACCCGGUUAUACAAUUGAUAUUGAAGAUGUUGUUUAUGAAUCAACGACUGAUGAUUCAUGUCGUGGUACAACUUUAUGUCAUAUAGAAAAUAAAAAUACACUUUUAUUUGCAUGCAAUCGCAAACGAACGUGUAAUAUAGAUACAAAUAAUUUGCAUUUUCAUAUUAAUUCAACAUGUGGUUCAACAAAAAGAUUUUUUGUUACCUAUCGUUGUUUGCCUGUUAUACAAGAACAAAAAGAUUAUUUAUGUGAUGCAUCAACACAGCGUCGUGCGCGAUUAGGUGACAUUAAUUUAUCAUGUGAAAAAAAGUAUCGUUUGUAUAUUAAAAUGGCAUCUAUUGGAAUUAGUAUAAAACAACAAGAUGAACUAAAUAAAAAUCGCUUCAAAUGUAAUAAAGAUACGCCUACAAUUUGUAAUUCUAAUGUGCCAAGUGCAUAUCGUGAUGUUUGCGAUAGCCAAAUAAGAGAUGAGAAUGAUGAUCAAUGCAAAAUUAGAUUCAAUGAACGGCCGAUGUUAAAAGAUUGUCAACAUGGAACAACAUCAAAUUUCUCAAUGGUAGAAUAUUUAUGUAUUCCAGGUGGUGGUAUUACUGACGACCUUCCUCGCAUUGAUAUUUGCUCAACAGAUAUACCCGAACGUAUAUCUGUUGAUCGUGGUUUAUUACAUUCGCCUAAUUAUCCGCAAGCAUUAGGUCAAUAUUUAACAUGUAAAAAACAGUUAGUUGUUCCGCGUGAAUCACGUUUCCGAUUGUUUAUGCUCGAAAAAUCAAUUGAAUAUUCUCAUGAAUUCAACAUACGAUCAUCAAAUAAUGUGCAAACAUUAGCACGGAACGAAUUGAUUGAUAUUAAUGUAACCAAUCAAAAUAAUGAUAAAAUAGUUCAAUUCGAAUUGAAAACAAAUCAUGUUGGUGGUGGAAACAUUUUACUUUAUUUUCAAAUCGAUUCAAGAAUAUCAGAAUAUGCACCGUUUAUUCUUGAACCCGAAAAAGAUAUUAAUGGUUAUGAUCGACGAGGAAAAACACCAUUAACACGGGAUUGGGGAAUUCUUAUUGGAUGCAUAAUCGGUCUUCUUUUGGUUUUACUUGUCAUAGCUACUAUAUUCAUUAUAUUUCGAAUUUCGAAACGUCAUCGUGACCGUUCUCUUCGAUAUCUAAAAAGUGAUGAUGAUCAUCGUCAACGACUUAGUUUAUCGACAACAUCGCCUGAUGAUCAUCAUCAUCAUCAUCAUCAUCAAAAACAUCUUCACAUUGAACAACCAUAUUUAAGUUCAUCACCACCAGCAAUGCUACCACCAUCAUCAACUAAUGGUCAUAAUCGACCAAAUUCAGCUUCAUCAACAACAUCAUCAAUAAUCAUGCAUCAGAUAAAUGAUGGUCUAUCCGAUCGUGAAUCGCUUAUUAAGCCGAUCGAUCAAGCACAAUCUCGUUCGCAUGCAAUCAAUAGCGAUAUUGAUAAUUUCUAUGAAGAAAUCAAAGAGCAACAACAACAAACCGCUUUAGCUUUAGGAAAGAAUGAUACGAAAGGAAAUAAACCAGUGCCACCUAUCCGAGAUCAUCAUGAGAGUCAACAACAGUAUCAAUCGCCAAGUAAUACGGACGCAUCAACUGUUGCAAUAGAGCCAAAGAAACGUUCAACGAAGACACCGCCUAAAAUUCCACAGCCAGCAAUGGAUAUAAAAUCUUCAGAACCAAGUACAUCAACAUCAGAUCUCAACGAAAAUAAUAAUUGA